GCUAGAAUUUGCACGGAAAAAUAGUUUGCCGGAAAAAAGGCACAAAUUUGGGAAAUUUACAAUCGUCGAUUGACGAACAAAGAGGCGACUAGACGCGUUAGCAGCGUGUACAGCAUAGUGAUAAAGAAGAGGAGAAGAAGACGGUUCAUUUGCCAACAACAAUUGCAAGAUGUCUGGCAUUGCUAUAACACGAUUGGGCGAGGAGCGCAAGGCCUGGCGUAAGGACCAUCCAUACGGGUUUGUUGCUCGCCCCGCCAAAAAUCCCGAUGGCACCCUCAACCUGAUGAUUUGGGAGUGCGCCAUUCCUGGAAAAAAGUCCACCCCCUGGGAGGGUGGCCUCUACAAACUUCGUAUGAUUUUCAAGGAUGACUAUCCGACCUCUCCGCCGAAAUGCAAAUUCGAGCCGCCGCUCUUCCACCCAAAUGUGUAUCCGUCGGGGACUGUCUGCUUGUCACUGCUUGACGAGGAGAAGGAUUGGCGCCCGGCCAUUACUAUCAAGCAAAUUCUUUUGGGCAUCCAAGAUCUGCUGAAUGAGCCGAACAUCAAGGAUCCGGCCCAGGCUGAGGCCUACACUAUUUACUGCCAGAAUCGCCUGGAGUACGAGAAACGCGUGCGUGCACAGGCCCGUGCUAUGGCCGCUACCGAGUAAUCCGCUUUUCAACCCACACGUAGACAUAAACCGAUCACCAACAAAAACAAACCAACACACACACACACAAACAUCUAGAAUGGCAGCAUUUUCGAGAAUGCUCUAAUAUCUUUUUACUUCUACUAAGUCUAUCUAAAUAAACAAUUACUUAUGUAUGUA